CCGAAUGCCGACCCGGAGCUGCUUGAGCUGUGUUAGUAGCGCUGCGGCUGAGUAUAGCCUGUGUUUCUCUUAUAAAAAUAAAUAAAUUAAAAUAAUAAGUCGAAAGAAAGGAGUAUACAGUCAAAUGUUCCUUGAGAAAUGGCUCAUUCCACUGUGACCCAGAAUGAGGGAGACCAGGAAUUGUUACGUGCUGACAGUACUGAGCGCCAGAAAGUACUGUCCAGUACAGUGAAGGGGAGACAUAAGCCUAUUUAUUACACAAUGACCAGCUCCUCUACUCCCAGAAUGCAUACAUACAAAAGGACCUCUAGUCCUCGGUCUCCAACUAAUACUGGGGAGCUCUACACCCCGGCACAUGAAGAAAACGUGCGCUUUAUUCAUGACACAUGGUUGUGUGUUUUAAGAGAUAUUAAAUCACCGCAGAACAGUGAACGAGGACCACAAGAAUAUGUAGAGAAAAGCCCAAACCCUAACUUGCUUUUUGUAAUUACACUGUUGACCGAUAGAGGGCGCUUCCUAUGCAAACAAUAUCGGGGCCCUGGGCCUUACCCCCUUCAGCGAGGAAGAGAGACGAGAGAGUGCAAAAAAAAAGACAACUCGAUCAAAAAAACCAUACCUUUCAGUCAAGAUGGGAAGAUUAUCUCUUCAUAGAAUUCAAAGGCAAACCCAUGUGUCUGGUUUGCUUAGAAACCAUAGCAGUCAUGAAAGAUUUCAACUUAAAUCGCCACUACAACACCUUGCACAAAGUUAAAUAUAAGAAGUACACUGGAGCUGCAAGGGCCGCUGUCGUAGCUGACCUCAAAUCAAAAGUAAACCAACAACAGAGCCACAGCUACACAGGAAUCAGCACUCAAAGCCUCUUAUGCUGUUUCACUUGAGCUUGCCAAAGCAAAGAAGCCAUUGUCAGAUGGGGAAAUUGUCAAGGUGUGCGCCGUGGAAAUGGCCAAAGCUUUUGGUGACGAUAAGAUGGUUAAACACUUUGAAACGGUCUAUUUGUCCUGACGCACAGUGACGCGCAGAAUUUUUGACAUUCACGAUCAUGUCGAAAUUAAGCUGAGAAAAGUCAUGCAUGACUGCAAGUACUUCUCCUUGGCUUUGGAUGAGAGUACAGAUGUGAUGGAUGUUAGCCAGCUACUGAUCUUUACGAGAACUAUUGACAGUUCAUUUGAAGUGCACAAGGAGCUAUUAAAAUUGGUUUCUCUGCAUGAUACAACUAAGGGCACCGAUAUAUUCAACGCUGUUGACAGUGUUGCAAGUGGAUAUGGUGGCUUUGACAAGCUGUCAACUGUUAUUACGGAUGGCGCACCCGCGAUGCAGGGAAGACACAGAGGUUUCACGGGGCUCUUCCGACAGAGCGGGGUAAACUGCCCUAUACUGCACUGUAUCAUACAUCAGGUGAGUAGCCUCAUAUUAACUGUGAGAUGUAGGCCUGAGUUUGACAUGGCAGGACAAAAAUAUUUUUUUAACAUGCCAUGCAUUUUAUCUCUCCAGGAAGCCCUCUGCGCGAAGACACUGAACUUUAGCCACAUUAUGGAUUUAGUGACCAAAGUAACAAAUCUCAUCAGAGGGGGGGGAACAGGUCCCUUUAUCACAGGAGGUUCAUUGCCUUUUUGGAUGAAGUGGACGCCACGUAUGGGGAUUUACAAAUGCACGCUGAGAUCAGAUGGAUGAGUCGAGGGAAGUGUCUGGAGCGUUUUUUUGCGCUGCGCUCUGAACUACCAGUGUUCUUGGAGAACAGUGUUGGUGGUGAUACAAGCACCUACUGCAGAAAACUCAGACACACAGUUUAUUUGCGACAUGGCCUUUCUGACAGACAUCACCUCGCAUCUCAAGCACCUUAACACACACUUGCAGGGGAGAGACCAAACUGUUUGCGAUCUGUAUGUGCACACAACCGCAUUCCAGUGUAAACUCGACCUAUUCAUAGAAGGAUUUUCUUCCCAUCGUCCAAAUUUGGCACACUUUCCUGCUUGUGAGGAGAUGCGAAAAGAUAACCCCAGGUGCGAGAAACUACUUCAGAAGUAUAGGGCCGACAUCGAAAAAUUGCAGGAGCAGUUUAAUGAUCGUUUCCGAGAUUUUCAUGUGAUGAAACAACAAAUUACGCUAUUCACGGACCCCGUCUCUGCUGCUGUCAGCAAGCAACCAUCAGAACUGCAGCUCGAACUCUGCGAGUUGCAGUCAGAUCCGUAUUUUCAAGCAAAGCGCAAUGAGAGGGGAAUUUCAUUUUGGAGACUGCUACCAGAGGCACGUUUUCCACUCCUCAGAGAUUUUGCUCUGUCAGUGGCCAGCAUGUUUGGGAGCACUUAGAUUUGUGAGAGCAGCUUUUCAACAAUGAAGCACAUUAAGUCAAAGAGAGGAACAGAUUCACGGAUGAUACUCUUUUUCAUUUGAUGAGGAUUGGAUGCACAAAGAUUGACAUUGAUAUCCAGUCUAUUGUGCGCCUAUCUCAUUGAGUUGCACUUAAUGUUGGGCCGCUGUUCUUUUUUAGUUUUGUGCCUCAUUGAAUGUGAGCCCUUUGCACUUUGUUUCUUUUAAAACAAACUUGUUUGUCGUUUAACAAGACGAGCAUUAUGUUAAAAAUGCAUUUCAGUGUGGAAAAUAUUAAAUAAAUGUAUGUUGGUUCAAUAAACAUACAGACAUAAGAAUAUACAAAUAUUUUGUUCUAUUUAAAAUUCUUUUGUAACUUCUCUCAUAUAUCUGAUUAGUUGAAGUGCGCGGUCAUGUGGCCCUCUGAUGGUGGUGAUGAAAAAUUGUGGCCCUCUUUAUCAUGCAAGUUGCCCAUCCCUGUCCUAGAGUCUGGAGGAAGAGCGGAGAGGCACAGAAUCCAAGGAGUUUGAAGUCCAGUCUGAAGUUUCUGCAGUUUAUGAUGAUUUGGGGUGCCAUGUCAUCUGCUGAUAGGGCGGCACGGUGGUGUAGUGGUUAGCGCUGUCACCU